UGGAUUCAGAUCUUGUUGGAUUCAGAUCUUGUUUGAUUCAGAUCUUGUUUGAUUCAGAUCUUGUUUGAUUCAUUAACUGAGUCUUUCUCUGAGGAUUAAAUCUGACAUCAUGUCAGCGUGUGGCCCACACUGAGGCAUCCACUCCGCUAGGGGGCGCUGGGGUCAUGAGAACGGCUCCAGGUGUGUACACGGUGUAAAAGAUAAACCUCCAGAAAGUGUCACGUGUUUUUCUAAAAGACAACGUGUGGAUGUAGACACGAGAGAAGAUCGAUGAGAAGAAGUCUGAAGAUCCUCGUGUGGAAAAGUAGUGAAAAGUUUGAAUCCAUGUGAAACAUCAGCAGAGUCUCUGAGCUGCACAGGACGACGACCAUGAAGAGGAACAAGCAGAUCGACGUCAAGCGAGCCCUCGCUCUCGCCAGCGUCUUCAACUUCCUGUGCUCCUGCUCCAAAGGCUGCCUGCUCCCCUUCCUCACCCUGUACCUCAGGCAGCUGGGCCUCACCCCCGUGAUGACGGGCGUCGUCAUGGGCGCCAAACACCUGAUAUCGCUGGCGUGGAGCCCCGUGGCGAGUCUCCUCUCCAAGCACUACAACAAGAGGCGAGUGGUGAUCAAAGGCUCUCUGGUGUGUUCGGCAGCGGUCGCCCUGGUUCUGCUGCUCAUCCCGACCACAGACGUGCACACGCAGAGCAGCUCCUGUAACACCACGAAUCUGAGCAGCGGCUCAGCCCCAAGUCUGGAUAACCUGCUCACCAGCAGCAUCGCACCUGUGACCAGCACUCCCCCAAAACAUCCUGUUUCCCAUCCUGGUGUCACGUUUCCUGCAAAGACGAUCGCUGAUACUAAAUCUGCUUCUGUAAUGACGAGCACAACUUCACGUAAUCAGCGAGAGAAUGUUUCUGUCGGGGUCGACCACAGCCUUCGAGAACCAGGGAUCAGCAGCUCCGUUGGGCCUCGUGUCUCCGGCUCCUCUGCUCCUGCUGUGAGGAGGAGGAGGUCGGACGUCAAAUCAGCCUCUGAGGAGCCGCAGAGAGAAAAGACGACAGAGGAGCAGAGCCAGUUCGACUUUUUAGGAAACUUGAAGGUCAUGGACCCUCAACACCAACUCUUCUUCCUGAUCCUCAUCAUCGUCUCGGUGUGGGAGUCUGUGUCGGCCCCUCUGGAGUGGACGGCCGACGACGGAUUGUAUGAAUAUCUGGAUUUUGCCGACGCCUCCGACCGCUACACCGCCAUCGGGCCGUGGGGUUUGCUGGGAGCAGCGUGCGGCGCUGGAGGCGCAGGGCUGCUGGUCAGCCAGUUGAGUUGUCUCAUAGCCGGUUGGAUCACCAGGAGCGCGGCACAUUUCUUCUGCUACGCUGGUUUUGCCGCUCUGGCCCUGCCCGUGGCUUGUUACCUCCCUCUCUACCUGAACAAAAAGCGAGACCGGGUCAACGGGCUCCUGAAAGCCCUGCAGCUGGUACGUGGUUCCCCUCGCGCUCUGCUCUGCGCCAUCACCACCCUGCUGGUCGGGGCGGCGGGCUCAGCCGUGGACAACUUCCUCCUGUGGCAGAUGCAGGAUCACGGGAGCAACGAGCUGCACAUGGGAUCGGCUCUCGCCCUCGCUCUGCUCUCACAGGCCGCCUUCCCUCUCCUCGCCGGCCGGGUGUCCAAGCUCCUACGCCCGGGAAGGGUGCUCGCAGUGGGGGCUGCGGCUCUCGGCCUGCAGUGCCUCUACUACUCCUUCCUCUGGGGCCCCUGGGCCGUGCUGCCUGUCCAGAUGUUGAGUUGCUUCAGCGGCGGAGCCCUGUGGUGGGCUGUGAACAUCCAGUGUGAGGACGUCGCCACGCCGGAGGCCGAGAGGAGCGUGAGGAGGGUCUUCAGUGCUCUGUCUCUGCACCUGGGAAGCAGCCUGGGCAGCUUGGGCGGGGGGUUUGUGGUGCAGAGGUUCGGGCUGGCGUGGCUGUUCAGGGCAGUGGCAGCGGGCCUGAUGCUGUGGUGUGUGUGUCUGAUGCUGCUCCAGUGGAAGGCGCCGCACCAGCGCAGGAUCAACUACUCUCGCCUCCUGGCCGCCAACGCCAGCGAAGCCAGUGACUCUGAGUCGGAGCAGGAGCGGGACUGGCUCGACAAAGCGAUGGAAACCGAUAGAAGCAAUAAUAAUUAUGGAAGGAGGAUAAACCACUGAGAGAAACUGAACUCUACAGAGUCGGCUGCACAAAACAGAACAAUGGGUGAAGUGCAGAGUAUUUAGUAUAAGAAGAAUGACAUGUGAUUAACACGGUCCUGUACAGACACGUCAAUCUUCAUCAAGUAGCAUGAACAAGAUAAUUGAUGGGUUAUGACGGGUUUCAUUUCAAUCUAAGCACUGACGUUUUCUGUCUUUCAUUUGCACACACUCAUAAAUAUCUGUCCCCUAAACUUGCUUGAUUUAUCUUCACCCAAAUCCAUCAGAAAUGUUGAAAUAUGUCCUGUCGCAGAAUGUCAAAGAUCCGGAUCCACAACAAAACCUAAAUUUGCUCUUCCCUGACUCACACCUCCUCCUUCCACUAAGUAGUUUUUGCGUAAUCCAUUUUACAAACAGACAAACACGGAGAGGAAACCACAAGGCAGCGGGGGUUACAUGUGGCCAGAAGCUCCUGCAGCACCAGGCAGGUUGAACAAGCAGAGCAAACACCAGACGUGUGCACAAGGUGAGGCCGACCCAGUCGAUCUGUGUCACCACGCCCGGCCGUGUUGAUCUGCUGGAUCAGAGGCUCCUUCUAUUUCUGCCUUUUUUGUCUUUUUGAAGCUGUGACGAUGCUGAUUGUAAACGAUGUGUGUUUAACUGCAGCUACAGAACAUUUAAAGGUCGUCUGUGUUUCAGAGUCUCAGGGUCUCAGGUCCCUUCAGGCCUGGGGGGGGAAACAUGUUGUAAACACACUUUAACACGUCUCUGGAUUUAUAUGAAACUGCAAAUGUUGAAUUCAGAUUCUGCAAUUAUGUGCAUCGAGAUCAUAUUAAUACUAAACGCUCCAUAUUGUGAUGUUUGUUUUGUCCAUAAAGUUUCAAUUCAAUUCAACAACUUCCCACUGGGGGGCAAUUCAUUCAAGAAUAAAUAAAGUUUAUGGUAAUAAAGUAA